AGGCUACCCCGCUUUGGGUAUCAAUUGCUGUAGGUUAAAUGAAUGUUACGCUAUUAAAGUCUAGGGUUGUUGCUACAGUGGCGCGCGAAUUUCACUGCCUACUGUUCUCAACCGCGUCGCGGGCAUCCAUCAGGCGACUUGAAAUACAAAAGACCAUUCGCUCAGCGCCGUGUGGCAGAGAAUAGAGACGGGCCGAGCGAGGUCGGUGCCUGUUUGAAUAUCUACACUACACAAUAUUUUUGUUGCCUUCCGAUGUCUGUUUCCCAUCAGCCACUCGUCGAAGAAAAAUUAGCGGACAACCUGACCAGGAUUUUUCUUUCUUUUUCGAAUCGACAACGCGUUUCCUCGAAAGAGCGCAGCUGCCAUUGGAACAUGCCUCUUAGCGCCUACCCGUUUGCUGGGGGUGUGCUUGCCUCUCAAUGAUAAACCUUGGAGCUCAAAGUUUAUAAAUCUUCCAAUCUCCAGCUCACCACCGCGUUGAUUCCCUGUUUAUUUUUGCUUGCUUUCUAUUUUACAUGCAUGCCCUGGUGCUGCUGGAUCUCUGUUAACACUGCUCGCUUUGUUAUUAGCAAGCCCCGCGCCGUUCAACCGUGACGCAUUGUACUUGCACGACCUUCGAAGCUCGGAAUUCCCCCGCGCCACUCGUUCGGCCCUUAGCCACUGAUUGCUCCGAACCCCUGGCUGUGGUUGAGUUGUUGCCGCACCAUCAGUCACAAAAUCAUAAAGUCGACAGAUAGGAGACGUCCCAGCAACUCUGUGCUUGCCGCCUCGGCCCAGUCCGGGUCGCUGCUCCAACAUGUCUUCCGACCGUCGGGCGUCUGGGGCACUCCCAAGCCGCCGUGGUCUCGACGAGAGAUGGGACUCGUGGGGCUCACGGGAUGUUCGUCGGGACGAUUACUCCAAACGUGAGUCGAGAGACGAUUAUUAUCGUUCAGGAGAUCGAGAACGCGAAAGAGAGCGGGAACGAGAACGGGAACGUGACCGUGACCGUGACCGUGAUAAGGACCGUGAUCGUGAUUGUGACCGUCAAAAGUUGUCGUCACAUCAUGUAGCAUCACUAGUUGCUUCCGUCGACUCGGACCCCGUUAGUGGCGGAGCUCGUCAGGACUGUAGUGCCGCCACAGGAACACCAACUCGCCAGCUAGACGUGUCCACAAAAGGUGCUGGCGGGGUUGAGGAGGCUUUGAAGCACCUCGCAGCCAUGCUAGCGGAGAAAACACGCUUCAAACUGCACCUGGAAUUGCUUAAGAAAAGCCAGGCGCAGAGGAACAAGGAGUACGAGAAAGUCAAGCGGAAUGCCGCUUCCUUUGCUUCGGUGCCAGACUUGCAGAAGGAAUAUCGGGACAAGAGUGACAAGGAAAUCAAGGACGUGGAGCAUCAUCUCAGGAAGCUGCACUCAAUGGAGCAGAACGCAAUUACUUUCUUCAUUAAUUGUUUAACCUCCUUUCCGAACCAGACAGGCUUGCAAGCCCACGCGCUAGCCCAAUCUCAAGCAUCGACUGAAGAAUUCAAGGCGGCGCUGGCAGCCUUGACCAAGACUGUUGAGCAACAACAAGAAAGUCUGAAGAGGCAGGAGGAAGGCUGGAAAGAGCAUGGCGAAGCCGUUGCAACCCAAAUCGCACAGGCUGAGGAGAAUCUCAAGAGUCGUGACGAAACGACCAAGGACAUGUUCGCCAAACUCGAGGCGAAGUUUGAGGCGAGGUUUCAGCAGUUGGAAGAAGGGAAAAAGCAACAGCUGGAAGCCCAGAAUCGGAAGUUCGAGGAGGUGCAGGUGAAAUCCCAGGCCAUGGAAAUUGCCUUCAGUAAUCUCAGUCAAAAGUGCCAAACCUUGGAGCAGGCUCUUUCCAGACAGGCCAAGACCUUGGAGGAAUCGGCGCAGAUUGUUGCGUCCCACACAAAGAUUCUCGAUGACCACUCGAACAGCCUAGCCGAGCAUUCGGGCGAGUUCAACACCCACUCUGAAAAACUCGCUGCACACACCCAAAUCCUUACCGCACAAGAAGGAGCCCUUUCGCAGCAAAGGCAGGCCCUUGCUCAACAGUCUGAAGCGCAAGCUAACCAAAGCCAAGAGCUUGCAAAUCAAGUCCAAAAACUCGACACUGUUGCCGAAUCGUGGCGCAACGAGUUGGACAUGAGGCUUGUCACCAUCACUAAGACGUGGCAGCACCAACUUGAGGGAAGGCUUGAAAAGUCCAACGCCUCUCUACUACACCAGCAGAAUCUCACAGGCGACAUGUUUGAUAUCCGUACAGGAUUGAUGACAGUGAUUGAUAAGGUGAAUAAGAUGGAGACGCGGUUUUCCGGUAUCGAUGACACGUUGGGGUCAGUGGGCAAUAAGACCAACAAGAUGGAGGAGCGACUUUCCAACAUUGAUGUGGACACGCUGGAUGCUAUGGGCGACAUUACUGUCCAGUUCCCCAACCUUGAGGAGAAGGUUAAGAGUUUGGAAGGGAAUGUGAAAGCGCUUGAAGGCAACGUCAAGAACUUGCAAACAGAAGUCAGCAAAGUUCAACGACAACGAUUCGAAUCACCGACCAUGGUGACGAUGCCGACAACUGUCGAAGCGCCACUGGCAGGCUCUGCUGGGGUAUCGAAGCAAGUCUUCUCGGCGACCAUGCAGGCCAUUACGGCCAAGUUUGGCGAUUUGAUCAAUGCAGUUAAAAACGACUUCACGGCACUGGAAGACCGGGUGCAGUCGCUCGAAGCCAAGGCGUCCCUUAAGCAGGAGACUCUUGGCAAUCCGGAUAUGCGGUCUGACAUUGCCCGACUAGACCUGGCUUUGACCAACUUGAAGUCGGAGGCGACACACAACAAAGUCCAGAUCAACAGUCUGACCGAGACUGCCAAUAAGCUGGCCAAGAAUCACCAAGUGGUCGAGGACACUUUGAAAAGCAACAUCGGUUCUUUGACUAUGAGUAUAAGCACCCUAGAUGACCGCUUCAACAACCUGACCACCAAGAGCCUCUUUGACCACAUGGUUUCGUACAUCUCGACGCUCUACCCAGAGCCGGCUCAAAUCAAGAUGGAUAUUCGUCACCUCUUUGACCUGGUCAAGACGCUGCAGGCAGGCUUGCAGGACUGCCAGGGCAAGGUUGAAAAGGUGGACGACAUGGCGAAGGCGUUGGAUUCGGAUUACCACACAAAUGUGAAGAAACGGAGGAUUGAUUCAAGCCCUAAUAUGGCGGGGCUGAACGGAGUUCCGAAGGGCGUUGCCUCCUAGGUGCCUGAGCAACCCGGGGGAGGAGACCUGGGCCAAGGUGUACGACAACGCGCUGCCAUGCCGGCUAUAUGGUCAGGAACAAGAUGGCCAUUUGGAAUUUAGGGGCAAGAUUCUACGAGAAGAGAGCCUUGAUUACUUGGCCUGGGUUUGCUCGGUGUGGUUGGAGAGUCUACAACUACCCCACGGGAGGGAGUGUGCAUUUUUACGAUUCUGCGCAUUUCUUGUUUCUUCACAGCGUUGGGUUUUCCAUCUUUAUGCCCUUGACUUUUCGGUCACCCCGAGACUUUUGGUAUGAUUUACCAGCACGGCGUUAUGGUUCGUUGAAUGUUUUGGGGUGGGAAGGAAGGGCAAAGGACAGAGGCAUGGUGUGCCAGUGACUACCUGGCACACAACGCUUUGCUCACGUAUAUACGUUGGAACCACUCAUGUGUUUUUUUGCAUCGCAUUGCUAUUAUGAUUUACAGCAUGGCGUCUUGGUUUGGGGGUUGACAAGCUGUCUUUAAAUUACGUUGCGAAGACUAGAGGGAAGCAGGAAGGGAAGGAAAAGGGAAAGAAGCCUUGUGCUAUAAUGGAGCCUCGUUGAUUUCAUCAUCGACAUCAUGUUCGACCACGAACAACAGACGUUACAUUCGUCAGUGGCAUUUUCUUAUUUCUAUCAAUAACACCGACAGGCAGCAGGUUAUGGCAUCUGAAGUUGGUUAAGGAAGGAGGAAGGCGAGGUCAAGGGAAGCGAGGAGUUUUGUAUUUUUGGUGGUGACGUCUCACCUUAGAUGUAAAAUGGGCAGAUUAAGCUGCCUGACAAGUGACAUAUAUGUGUUGCGGGCUAAUUGUUAGAUUACUAAAUCAAACAUUGUAAUGUGUGUA